UGCUGGUGUCUGCCUCCCGGCAAGGCGAAAGCAGCGGGCUGGUCGGCUCCCCUCUACCGACACCCCCGGCCUAACUCCUCCCCCGGGCGCUCAUUGGCCUGCACCCCACCCCCCGGCCUGUGAAGUGCAGGGGGUUGCGGGUGAGUUGGGGGUGGUGGAGGUGGUGGUCUGUCGCCUCCCUCCAGCCCCAGGCCUGGCCUCUUCGCAGAGGCGGCGCCGCCUCUCCGCAGGGCAGACCCGGCUGGGCGGGCGCUGGACCGGGGGAGGGCGAGGGCAGGCGGGGGACGCGGCGCGCGCUCGGCCCCGGGCGUGACUGACAGCCGUGGCUCUAGGCGAGCGCGGAUCUUGCGUGCGCACACUCACACGCCGCGGUGCAGGGACCCACGGCCACCAACUGCCGGCGGACAAACGGACGCAGAGACCCGGGCUCGGUGCGCGCUCCUGGGCACACGCGCUCUUCAUCCACCCGCGGCGAGGGGUGCAGACUCGCCACCGCGCGCCAUCCCCGCCGAGUCUGCUCAGACCGACCUGCAGCCCGAAGCCCCGCGACGAGGCCCCUCCGGGAGCAGCCCCUGACACCGUGGGGCUGCUCUGAGUGGGAGGUGAGCAGUGCUGGCCGGAGCCUCCUUCCGGGCUGAGAAGCAUCAUGGCCAGCGUCGUCGUGCAGGCUGCCCUGGUAGCUCUCCUGCUGCCCAUGAUCCCCGCCAUGCACUCCGACUGCAUCUUCAAGAAGGAGCAAGCCACGUGUCUGGAGAAGAUCCAGAGGGCAAAUGACCUGAUGGGCUUGAACGACUCCUCCCCAGGCUGCCCCGGGAUGUGGGACAACAUCACGUGUUGGAAGCCCGCCCACGUGGGCGAGAUGGUUCUCGUCAGCUGCCCCGACCUGUUCCGAAUCUUCAAUCCAGACCAAGUCUGGGAGACAGCAACCAUCGGAGAGUUCGGUUUCGUGGACAGUAACUCCUUGGAUCUCUCAGACAUGAGGGUGGUGAGUCGGAACUGCACGGAGGACGGCUGGUCAGAGCCGUUCCCUCAUUAUUUCGAUGCCUGUGGAUUUGAUGACUAUGAAUCGGAGCCUGGGGACCAGGAUUAUUACUACAUGUCGGUGAAGGCCCUGUACACGGUUGGCUACAGCACGUCCCUCGUCACCCUCACCACUGCCAUGGUCAUCCUGUGUCGCUUCCGGAAGCUGCACUGCACCCGAAACUUCAUCCACAUGAACCUAUUCGUGUCGUUCAUGCUGAGGGCCAUCUCCGUCUUCAUCAAAGACUGGAUCCUCUAUGCCGAGCAGGACAGCAACCACUGCUUCGUCUCCACUGUGGAAUGCAAGGCCGUGAUGGUUUUCUUCCACUACUGCGUCGUGUCCAACUACUUUUGGCUGUUCAUCGAGGGCCUGUACCUCUUCACCCUGCUGGUGGAGACCUUCUUCCCUGAGAGGCGAUACUUCUACUGGUACACCCUUAUUGGCUGGGGGACCCCAACUGUGUGUGUGUCGGUGUGGGCCAUGCUGAGGCUGUACUUUGAUGACACAGGCUGCUGGGAUAUGAACGACAACACAGCUCUGUGGUGGGUGAUCAAAGGUCCUGUGGUUGGUUCCAUCAUGGUGAACUUCGUGCUCUUCAUCGGCAUCAUUGUCAUUCUCGUUCAGAAACUUCAAUCUCCGGACAUGGGAGGCAACGAGUCCAGCAUCUACUUAACAAAUGUAAGCCUGGGAGUCCCCAAGAAAGCCCGAGAGGACCCCCUGCCUGUGCCCUCAGACCAGCAUUCACUCCCUUUCCUACGGCUGGCCCGCUCCACUCUGCUGCUCAUCCCGCUGUUUGGAAUCCACUACACAGUGUUUGCCUUCUCCCCGGAGAAUGUCAGCAAGAGGGAGAGACUCGUGUUUGAGCUGGGGCUGGGCUCCUUUCAGGGUUUCGUGGUGGCUGUUCUCUACUGUUUCCUGAAUGGGGAGGUGCAGGCAGAGGUCAAGCGUAAAUGGCGGAGCUGGAAGGUGAACCGCUACUUCGCCGUGGACUUCAAGCAGCGGCACCCAUCCCUGGCCAGCAGCGGGGUGAACGGAGGCACCCAGCUCUCCAUCCUGAGCAAGAGCAGCUCCCAGAUCCGCAUGUCUGGCCUCCCAGCGGACAACCUGGCCACCUGAGCUCCCCUCCCCCUCCUCUCCUGCACACACAGGCGGGGCUGCAGGCGGGCACCAGCCCACGCAUGUUGCACCUCUUCUCUCCCUUCGGGCAGGCCCUGGGCUGGAAGCUGGGCUCCCCGAGGGGGUAGAAGGAGGCAGGGCGCAGAUGGGUGUUUCCCCUCCCCGCUGUUUGCACUGGCCCCACCCACCAUGGACCCCUGGGCCCUGCCCCAGACAUGUAAAUACUCCUCAGAUUUGGAAAAGUUGUCUCAUCCUGACUGAGUGUCCCCAGUGUCCCUGCUCCCCUCCAGUGGGUCCCCAGUUCCACCCCGCCCUGUCUCCUCAGCCUCUGUCAUCAUUUGAUCCUAUGUGUGAGGCUUCGUGAGUGAGGCUGGCGACAUUGGCUUGGGGGUUUGGGUGACAGCCUCCCACAGUGUCUGAUUCUCAGUGUCGAGUCCUUGAGUCUAUUCGCACCCUGGGGCCCUCCUGGGGCCCGGCCGAGGCUCUGAGGCCGGCCAGAGGCCCAGCUUGGAUGGCCAGAGUGUCCCUCGGUGCAGGCCAGACGUGAGCUCCCUCGUGCUCCCCAAACAUCUUGGUCUCCAGGUGCCCAGCUCCUGGGUAUCGGGGCAAUGGGACAGCUCCAGGACCCUCAAUCAGAGACUUCAGCUGGGUGUGGGGCUAAAGGUCUGGGAAAGUUCUGGUGCUUUUCAUUCGGCCCAAGAAGAAUUGCUGAGAGCCAGAAAGGUGGAUGUGAUUGAAAAGGAGAUGGAAAGAGUUUAGGUGGACCCAUGGAAGAAGAGCUUCACCAUCUUCAUUAUUUUACCCUCAACUCGAGGUGGGCAGGGUUUUGUCUGGUUGCCACCCUUCUGUUCCUCCCACCCAGGCAUCCGCUGUAGAAGGUGACGUCACAUGGAUGCCUCGGAGAACCUACUCUGCAACCAUGCCUACCACCCAGGGCCCCUGAACAUCCCGUUCUCCAUUUCCCCGUAAGUCAAAGCCAUGACUAGGACGAACCAGACUCCUUCCUGUGACGUCAGUGAGUCCUGAAGCAUCUUACACCUCUGUGUGCCCAAGUCCAGGGCACACUCCCACCCCCACUCCCACCCCAGUGGAUGAUGAGGGAGCUCCAGCCACCAGCGCUUGGGGCUUGGACUCAGCUACUGAAAUCUCGGAGACCUCUGCCAAGACAUGUUCCUCAGCUUUUGCCAUUGAAUCACCACAGAAGGACACUUGGGUGCCCUGGGUAUUGAGAGGGGAAGCCACGCCCCCCCACCCCUACGGCUGUUAGCAGAAGCUGCUGAUGGAAAGUGUGGGCACCUGUCCUGGUUCCCCACAGUCUAAUCAUUUAAAAUGGGCAGAACCAAGUUUGAGGAAAGUGCUAGAGUGCCAUGGCCCCUGUGUGGGGCCUGCUUUGUUCCAUGUCAGCUUUUGGUGUUCCUGUCCGUGUGUUUGUGGACUUGUUUUAUGAUCGUGCUCCGGAAUGCUUGCAGCGUUGAGGUGGAGGGGGAAUGCUGCUCUGCCAGGUUUUAGAAAGAGGAAGGGGCCUGGGGGCUUGUGGAACUGUUCGUUUCUGGAGAGGCCUUUGAAGUGACUGGAGCGGGGUGUAGCUGCUGGGUUUAGAGCCGAGUCCUGUGUCCUCGGCCAGUGAAUCACUGUGGACCCCGGGUCUUCAGCCAAGACGGAGAGAGAAAGGAAGCUACCUGCCGUUUCCUGGGCACAUUUGGCGACUCGGGCUGGCCGUGGGGUGCAAAGCGGCCCUCCCGUCCUGCACCUGGGAGACAAGUGCUUUCCCCAGGUGGCUGUCCACUGGCCACCUUGCACUUUGGGCCCCGUUGAGGGGCCUGCAAUGCUUGAGAGGAGCCACAGGCUGGGAUUCACAGACAGGAUCUGGCCCAGUCGGGCUAAGUCCACUGAGACUGGACAGAGCACUCCCGGUCUGGGCCUCAGUUUCCCCUCUUGUGAGAUGGGGCAAUUUGUAAUGCUUCUCUGGGCUCCGUAUUUCAGCGAUUCUCCAGUUCGAAACUGAGGCAGGUAAAAGGGUGUGUAUCAUUAUUAUGCGUGUCAUCUAAGGUUUUGAAGUGUAUGUCUAUGUGUGGAGGGUGGGAGGUGCUGUUUCUACUUAGAAAUGAAACAUAUGUCUCUCCCAUUUGGAUGCCACAGUGGAGGCUGGUGGGCUGGAGGGAAGGGUCAUUCCCAGGACAAUUGGACAGGUGCCGUGGGUGCAGACCCAACCCUGUCCCUGGCCUAAGGCAGGGUGCCACGACUGGGUGGGCUUUAGUUACCUCCAGAUCUUGGGACUGGGCCCCCCGAGUAUGGACCCUGUUUCUUCACCUUUGCCGCCACCAGCAGGUCUGCUUCACUGUGGAAGAAGAGGCUUUGACUUUGUGUAGAGAUCAUCACAAAACAGCAAAAAGAAAACAAGCCCGGAUUCUUUGUGCUGCUGCCUGAGCCCUGGGCCUGCGUCCUCGUAGAGGUUCCAGGUUCCUGCUGGUUUGUGUUGAUCUCUGAACGAAUUAUUGCCAGUCUUGUGAGCAGGUGUGUUCGAUGUAUUUUGGAUGUUCCAGGAGGUUAGGCAGCUGGCCUUCAGGGUCACAGGCAGUGGGAGGGCAGCAUGAGGUCUGGAUAAAACCCUUCCUUCUCUGACCCUUUGUUUUCAAGUCUGUAAAAUGGGCAGUAAGGCUAGACGAUCUAGCUAGCUCAUUGGAUCUCUGGAAUUCUCUGUCUAAACACCAGCCAUCUAUUGGGAAUGGACCCCAGGCAAGGAUUGUAGAUUUGCCUGGUCCAGGAAAGGAUAAGAAAUCGUGCUCAGUAAGGAGGGGUUGAGGGCUUUGGGAAUGGUUAGGUUGUUUCCUGACUCCAUGUCUCUAGAGGGUUG